UUGAUAUGCAUGGUUUGAAAUCUACGUAAUAAUUUUGGGAUGCACAUAUAAGAACCAAAGCGACAUGUAAGGUGCAAAGCAAAAAGAAAACAAGAAGAGUUAUAAUUUUAGACAUAUGCGUUCUCAUUCUUCCACUCAAUCCCCGAAACUCACUCUCUUUCCCGUGAGUUCUUUCUUUGACAUUCCUCUUUGCAGAAAGAAAGAAAAUAUUUUACAAACUUCUUAUUCAAUCAAAAUUUAACGUGUGUGUGACAUGAAGCAACCCAAAGAACAUUACUAUUACAUUUUUCUUCUCGUUUUGGGUUUCUCUCAUGAAAGAUCAUAGAAAACAUAGCAGAGCCAUUUCAUGGAGCACAUUCUUUUGGUUCACUAUUGUGGUUGUCUUAUCUUCCAUUAUCUUUACCUCCCUAAUUAUUUCAUCCAUCCACCCCUUCUACCUCCCUCGAUUUCACAUCCCAAUUGCAGCUUUGAAAUGGCCAACUCCAGUGCCACCCCAAAUCACAAUUCGGGAAACAGUUUUGCUUCCUGAUCAUGUUUUAAUUUUCUUAAACUACCCUUUAUCUUUUCGCUAUCACACCAAACGUGACCUUCAAUGUGUUUACUCUUCAGAUCAUGACUCAAAACCUCGUCUCACUCAAGAACCGGUUCAACUUUACUCGAUUAGGCUUCACGAACAAAUUGUACGUUGUCCAAUCCCUCCACGUGGUGAGAAUAUAUCACUUAUGAUAAAAUCCAACGGUCCCAUUCAAAUAAAAAAGUCGUCAAUCCAUAAUUGGGAACCACUAGUCUACGAAGCUCUCUUCGAUCGCGACAACACCACCAUCGUAUUUGUGAAAGGCCUUAAUCUACGACCAGAGAAAUUAGGUGAACCCUCUAGAUUCCAAUGUGUAUAUGGUUGGGAUUUCACGAAGCCGAAUUUCUUAUUUAAAUCUGAUGUUCUAUCAGUUGCUCAAGAGAUAAUAAGAUGCAAAACACCUAUCAGCAUAUUAACACAAGUCCAAUCCCAAAGCCAAGCUUAUGUUAAAGUCUCUAUUCAAGUUGAAGGCAAGAAAAUAUUUCCCUCCAUAGCAAGGCCUGAGCUUAUUUCAUCACAGAAACCAGCAAGGCGAAGAAAACCGCACGAGCUGUGCAUUUGCACGAUGCUCAGAAACCAAGCACGGUUCAUCAAAGAAUGGGUCAUGUACCAUGCAAAAAUUGGAGUUGAACGUUGGUUUAUUUACGAUAAUAACAGUGACGAUGAUAUAGAAAAUGUGAUUGGAUUCUUACAAACUGCGGGUUACAACGUGACAUGGCAUCUAUGGGCAUGGGUAAAAACUCAAGAGGCAGGGUUUGCUCAUUGUGCUCUACGGGCCCAGUCCUCGUGCGAGUGGGUUGGGUUUAUUGACGUGGAUGAGUUCUUCAACGUAAAGAUACAAGGAGGCUUGAAACAUGUUAUUUGGCACUAUUCAAAGUCGAGAGACAAUAAUGUGGCUGAAAUAAGAACAUCGUGUUAUAGUUUUGGGCCUUCAGGCCUAAAGGAAGUGCCACGUGAAGGAGUCAUGAUGGGGUACACGUGUCGUUUGGCAGAACGCGAGAGACAUAAGAGUAUUGUGAGACCUGAUGCACUUAAUCAAACACUCAUUAAUGUGGUACACCACUUUCAUUUAAGAAGACCUUUUAUGUUCACUGAUGUAGAAAAAGAUGUAAUGGUCAUUAACCAUUAUAAAUAUCAAGUAUGGAAAGUAUUCAAACAAAAGUUUUAUAGGAGGGUUGCAACUUAUGUCGCAGAUUGGAAAAAAGAUCAAAAUGUCGAGUCUAAGGAUAGGGUACCCGGUUUGGGAACCAAACCAGUCGAACCCGCUGAUUGGUCAAACCGAUUUUGUGAGGUAAGGGAUAUGGGGUUGCGAAAUUGGGUUUUCAACAAUUUUAUGGAUAGACGCACCCAUCUUUUUCCAUGGCAACCAGAGUUUCAACGUCACAUAAUUAAAAGGAGACGAAGGCGAAAAGAAAAUGUCAUUUUAUGAUGUGAUAACUUUAAAUUAUACAAUAUUUACAUUCUUUUUUCAUUGUUUUUCUUACAAUACACCGUAUUUUGAGGUUUCUCAUCCUACAUGGAUGUAACUUUGUAGAUGACCUAGAUGAUUUGUAUAUAGUGUAAUUACAUU